UUGAUCACCGUGUCCAAUCCGGAGAAGCCGUUCCUCAUGGCAGACAAGGGCACCCUCAAGAGAUCGGCGACAGUCAAGCUUUAUGCCGAUGAGAUUGAGGAGCUCUACGCUAAUCCUAGAGAGGUGCCCCUGUCCAAGGUGCCGCGGCUCGAUCUGAGCUCCCAGGCUGCGCUCAGCAAGUCCAUUGAGAAUCUCCUCCGCAAGCACCUCGGCGUUCCUCACUUGGAGUCCGACACUGAUUUCUUCGCGGCUGGCAUGGACUCGUUGCAAAUCAUUGCUGCUGCACGUUUCAUCACUGCUAGUCUGCGCGCUACCGAUAAGCACUACAGUGACACGACUAUUGAGGCUCGCGAUAUGUAUACUCACGUUAGUACCCACCAGCUCGCUGGUCACAUCUUGCAAUCCGGCCAGGGCAAGGCCAAUGGUGGUGCUACGAGCGAGAGUGAGAAUCACCAAGCAAUUGACAGGCUAUAUCAGAAGAUUCGACAGAACCUGGUUCACGCCAAACCUGGGCGCCCUGAGCCAGCGAAAGAGCAGCAGACUGUCAUUCUCACCGGAUCAACCGGAAACAUGGGAUGUUACUUGCUCGAUGAGUUGAUCCGCAACCCGCACGUUAAGAGAGUCAUUUGCUUCAACAGAUCAAACGACGGUGGUGCCGGAAAGCAGGCCAACGCCAUGAAGGAACGCGAGCUAGCCCGCCCAGAAGAAAGCGGCAAGGUCGAGUUCUUCCACACCAAUCUGUCGCAACCCAACAUGGGAUUAUCGCAGGAAGUCUACUCUCGUCUACUCAAAGAGGCGGACCGUAUCGUUCACAACGCUUGGGCGGUCAACUUCAACAUGCCUCUUGAUGCGUUUGAGCCACACAUCAAGGGAUGCCGCAACUUGGCCGACUUUGCUGCCACGGCGGAUAAGCGUGUCGUGCUGGUAUUCGUGUCAACCAUCGGUACCACCAGCGAGUGGGAUGCAAGCCGCGGCCCCGUACCGGAGAAAUCCCUGCGGGAAUACGGAAUCUCGGGUCUCGGAUACGGCCAGAGCAAGCUCAUCUCGAGCAUGGUACUUGAAGAUGCGGCCAAGGUCGGAGACUUCCCGCUGGCCAUCGUUCGUGUUGGUCAGAUCGCUGGGCCUCUUGCCGAUGGCGGCGCUUGGAGUCGCCAAGAGUGGCUGCCCUCCAUCAUCGCGAGUAGUCUUGUUCUCAAGGCGUUACCGAGGCACCUAUCUGGCAUGAAUACGACCGCCUGGGUCCCGGUUGAGACGAUGUCGAGAAUGAUUCUGGAUAUUGGCGGUCUGACUGAGGAGUCGAAAGACUACCACGAAGGGUACUUCCACGGCAGCAACCCAUCCAUCACAACAUUUGACAAGCUGGUCCCUGCUAUUCAGCAGUACUACGGAAGGAAUCAACUUCCUGACCUCAUCACCUUCAAGAAAUGGGUCGAGAGACUGGAGGCGAGCCGCAAGGCGCCGGGAGCACUUGGCGCCGAUCGGAAUCCUGGCUUGAAGCUGGUCGACUUCUAUCGAGGCGCUGCUUCUGCGGGAGAGAAUAUAUCGAACUCUAGGACGUAUGAGACUACGAGAACGGUGGCUUGCAGUCCUGCGCUGCGCUCUGUUGGACCUGUGACGCCGGAGUUGAUGGCUCAUUGGUGCAGACAGUGGAAGUUUGAGAGCCCCUCGGCUCGCGUCGGUCGUUUGUAGAGGUCUAGAUUUUGCAUUAGAGUGUACUUAACAGAUUGAAAGCCUGUUGCAAUGAAGCCAUUAAAUUCACAAUUCAUUCAACUCUGGUGGAACAAAUGGCCGCAAUAUACAGCGCCAUAAGGCUUGCAAGUGCAAAUACCUAAGUAAUACUCAGCGAUGCGGAGAUGAUGUCACUCGAAGUCAAGUCGAAACAAUACUACGCGUAGUUUUAGUGGGAAUGGGCAACCGAACAAGGAAUUAUUAGGUAACCAAUAAUGAUGAUUAGCAUAAAUGUUAUUUCUUAUCUAUGAUG